AGACCCAAGAAGUGCUUGCGCAGGCGCAGAACCGACAAUGGGCGGGACCUCAAACUUAGGAUCCGCCCAGCGGUCACGUGCUUCCUUUCCCGCCAGUGACUGAGCGGCGGUGCUCGCGGGAAGCCCCUUCUGGGGGGGUCUCCUAGGGUGCCGCCGCGCUAAUGUCGAAUUCAGGGCACCUGGUCCUGCAGCCCUGGAUUCGAGAGCUGGUCCUGGGCUCAGAAACACUGUCAAGUCCACGAGCCGGGCAGCUGCUCAAGGUCCUCCAGGACUCGGAGACUCCGGGCCCAUCAUCCGCCCCUGACACACCUGACGCCGGGGCCGUGUUGCUUGUGUCAGAUGGAACUCACAGCGUCCGCUGCGUGGUGACGCGCAAUGCAAUUGACACCUCCGACUGGGAGGAGAAGGAGUUCGGAUUCCGCGGGACCGAGGGCCGGCUCCUGCUGCUGCAAGCCUGCGAGCUCCGUAUUCAGGUGGCUCAGGACCAUGCGCCUGCGGAGUUCUACCUCCAGGUGGAUCGCUUUAACCUGCUGCCCACGGAACAGCCCCGGGUACAGGUGACUGGUUGCAAUCAGGAUUCAGAUGUGCAGAGAAAACUCAAUGAAUGUCUUGAGGACCACCUUUCAGAGUCUGCUUCUUCCAGCACAGGCAUAACCCUGUCUCAGCUUCUGGAUGAGGUGAAGGAGGACCAGGAUCAUCGGGGAGCCCUAGUGCGUCUGGCCGAGAGCUGCCUGAUGCUAAACGGUCCUUGCACCACACCCCCCCUCACCCACUGGACUGCUACUUGCUCCCAGGCCACGGGAGAAGCUGUGUUCUCGGUGUCAAGCUCAUUACUGCACAUCCCUGAGGAGGAGGAGCAAAUUCUGAGAUCUGUAGGCUCAAGUCAGAAGGCACAGGAAACACCCGAUUCACUCAGCCACACGCCCCCGGAGGAAAGUGGUGCCAGCGUUAGCCUUCUGUCAGCCGUGGCUACCUCGGACCCUGGGCAGCAGGACAGCUCCCAGUCUCCACCAGCUGCUGGCUCAACCUCCCCAAGAGCUCAGCCUCCCAGUUCCCCCACCUGCAGUUCUCCACCCAGUUCCCCAGACUUGGCCUGCACCCCCAGUCUCUCACCCCUUCGACAAAGCCCUGGUACACACCAGGCCCGUGAGACUGUGGCUCCUAAGCUGGAGUUCAGGGAGCCCCAGUGGCCCAAGAAACGGCAGCUUCUUCCACAAACCAGAGCCCAGGAGUCCUGCUCCCUGUGGAUAUUUCACCCCUUCCAGGAACCCCCAAAGAGGCAUCGUGACACUUCUGCAUUCCAGUAUAAAUAUGAGACCCCCUCUGCCUCCCUCCACACCCAGGUCCAAACUGCCAGGCUUUCUCCUCAGCUUGUAGCUUGGGCCUUGAACAUAGUGAUGGAGUCAGAGUCUGAAUUAACACAGGUAUGAGGAGCCACAGGGACAUGUCAGAGGAUGCGUACACAUGGGCCUACGGACAAACAGUACUCCACGCUGUUUCAUUCAAGUUUUUUAAUAAAAUAAUUUCAUGCGGCA